AUGAUGACUGAACAACAGCAAUGAUUUAUUAAGUUGAUGGGUGUUUUUAAAUCGACCCGCUCUCCUGCUCAGUAAAAUAACAACGAGAGCCUGAGCAUUAGCCCUUGCAUGAGGAGGUGGAGGCGCUGAUCCUCUCCUUUCCUUCCCCCGCAGGGGCCGGGCCCGUGCGGGCUGUGGCGUCGCCUGAGCGCGGGGCGGAGUCUCCAGGCCGGCCGGCAACAUGGCGGAGGCGGAAGGGGAAAGCCUGGAGUCCUGGCUGAAUAAAGCCACCAAUCCUCUGAAUAGGCAAGAAGACUGGGAAUACAUCAUCGGCUUCUGCGAUCAGAUCAACAAAGAACUUGAAGGUCCACAGAUAGCCGUGAGAUUGCUGGCUCAUAAAAUCCAGUCACCACAGGAAUGGGAAGCAGUCCAGGCCUUGACUGUGCUGGAAGCUUGCAUGAAGAACUGUGGGCAAAGAUUUCACAACGAAGUAGGGAAGUUUCGUUUUUUAAAUGAGUUAAUUAAAGUUGUGUCUCCCAAGUACCUGGGAGACAGAGUGUCAGAGAAGGUCAAAAGCAAAAUAAUUGAGCUGUUGUACAGCUGGACGGUGGCUCUGCCAGACGAGUCCAAAAUCAAAGACGCCUACUACAUGUUGAAAAGACAAGGCAUUGUUUUGUCUGACCCUGUAAUUCCUGCGGAGAGUACCUUAAUCCCCUCCCCGCCAGCUCGUCCCAAAAACCCUGUGUUUGAUGAUGAAGAGAAAUCCAAGCUUUUAGCUAAACUGUUAAAAAGCAAAAAUCCAGAUGAUUUGCAAGAGGCAAACAAGCUUAUUAAAUCUAUGGUGAAAGAGGAUGAGGCACGCAUACAGAAAGUCACAAAGCGCAUGCACACGUUGGAGGAGGUGAACAACAAUGUGAAGCUGUUGAAUGAGAUGCUGGUUCACUACAGCAAAGAAGACUCUUCGGAGGCCGACAAAGAGCUGAUGAAGGAGCUCUAUGACAGAUGUGAAACCAAGAGGCGGACGUUAUUCAAGCUGGCCAGCGAGACAGAGGAUAAUGACAGCACUCUGGGCGACAUCCUGCAGGCUAGUGACAACUUAUCACGCGUAAUAAAUUCCUAUAAAAGAAUUAUUGAGGGGCAAGUCAUCAAUGGUGAAGUGGAUAUUCCUGGGCUGCCUCCAACAGAUGGAAGUGAUUCUUCCAUUAACACCAGUACGCUCAUUGACUUGGCGGGACUGGACAUUUCUAGUACGCCUCCGCCACCACCGAUGCCUCCAACGACAUUGACACCAGCACCGACAUUAACCCCAGCUCCGGCCUCGUCAGAAAUCCCCAUCCUCCCACCUCCCCCUCAGGCCACUGGUCACUCCCGGAGUCGUUCAUCGAGCCAGGCAGAAGCCACUUCUGCUCUCUUGACUAGCUCGGCCAAUUCCAUCUCCUUGCUUGAUGAGGAACUGCUAUGCUUAGGCCUGAAUGACCCGGCUCCCACUGCAGCAAAAGAAGCUCCUGAGAGCAGCCAAUGGAACAUGUUCCAGAAUGAACCAGUCGAUCUGGACUUCUUGAACCCAAAACCAGCUUCCGUUGCCUGUAACUCACCUCUUCUCCCUACCCUGUCACAGCCCGCGGGUAGAACGUCAGCCUCUCUUGCCUCCACAUUCACGGCCUCGCAGCCUGCCCCUACCUCAGCCGCUUUCAUAUUCUCUGCUGCAGCACCACUGGGACCAUCCAAUGCAAUGCCAGGUGCCCCUGGGUACCUGGGCUCUGCUAUGGGAAGUGGAGAUCUGCACAACGUGGAUCCCAUAGGACAUCUGGAUGAGAGCAAAGGACCUUCAGCUCAAACAAACCUAGGUGCCUCUGUGUUCCCUGGCGGAGUUACAUUGCCCACUGCUGCUGCACCUAUGACAUCUGCUUCAGGGCUGCCUAUUGGAGCUCCAGGAGUCCCUCCGUUUCCAUACACAGGCAGCUGCCCUGUUGGGUCAGGAAGCCCCCUCUUCCAGCCAGCCUCCUUCCAGCAGCAAGGAAGUCCUCUGAAAGGACCCGAGAUCUCCUUGGGCAACGUUCACGUCCCACUGGAGUCCAUUAAGCCAAGCAGCGCUCUUCCUGUGACGGCUUAUGACAAGAACGGUUUGCGCAUCCUCCUGCAUUUUGCCAAGGAGUGCCCUCCUGGGCGGCCCGAUGUGUUGGUAGUGGUGGUUUCGAUGUUAAACACAGCGCCCCUUCCUAUAAAGAACAUUGUGCUACAAGCAGCAGUGCCAAAGUCCAUGAAAGUGAAGUUGCAGCCACCUUCGGGGACAGAGCUAGCUCCAUUCAAUCCCAUCCAGCCACCAGCUGCUAUCACCCAGGUCAUGUUGCUGGCAAAUCCAAGGAAGGAGAAGGUGAGGCUGAGGUACCGACUGACUUUCGCGUUAGGAGACCAGCCCAGCACAGAAGUGGGGGAGGUGGAUCAGUUCCCCCCAGUUGAGCAGUGGGGAAACCUAUGACCCAGAGGCAUCCCAAAGGGACUGGAAUGAAUGUGAAAUGGAAAGGGCGUUAAGUGGUAUCCGGCAGCGAUAUUGAGCUUUGUUUACAUGUCCUGUCCACUCCACUUGUAGCUUCAGUCCAGAAUGUUUCCUGCACUCUGGGGUGAAGCAAUCAGGGGCAUGAACACAGAGCAUGAACUUGUGUAGGCAAGCCAGAAGUAGAGGCCUGGAUGGUUUCUGUACUUUCGCCAAUCUGGUUCUAUCUUCCACUUUGCUAAACUUGAAAUCUGAUCAUUCUGGUGAGCUUCGUAAGCAGAAACGGAGCACUCUGGUACUCUCCCUCAGUGUUGGCCAGAUGUCUACAAAGGGCUAUGAUGCCUUCGUAAGUUUCUUUGGGGCAGAGCCCUAACAGAUGUUCCUGUGCUCAGUUUUGUUUUGUUUUUUACCUCCUUGGUGCCAGAACUUAGGACCACCUGCAGGCUUGCUGGGUAAUAAAUACAAGCUCCGCAAGGGGGGGGGGGUUCUGCCAUGACCUGACACUCCCAUUUUCUUUUGUAAGGCAACAUCUACCCCCAAAACCAGCACAGCUCAUACAGGUGAACAAGCUGUGUUAUUUUAUAGAUGCCACAUUUGAACGUAAAAACACAUAGCUCUCAAGCUGCUGCCUUUGGAUUUUAUACUUCCAGCUGACUCUGCAAUGUGCGCUUUCUAGGCAGCUGCUACAUUUUGGACGCACAUGGCUCUAUGGUCAGUUUCCCCUCAGCAUUCAACAACUCUAUUCCAUUGUGUGUGGGG